UGCCUGCCUCUCUCGCCCCAGCGGGUCCGCUCGCUCUAGGCGCGGGGCGCAGGGCGCACGCGAUGAAGGCGGUGAGCCCCGUGCGCCCCUCGGGCCGCAAGGCGCCGUCGGGUUGCGGCGGCGGGGAACUGGCUCUGCGCUGUCUGGCGGAGCACGGCCACAACCUGGGCGGCUCGGCGGCCGCAGCGGCGGCAGCGGCGGCAGCGCGCUGCAAGGCGGCCGAGGCGGCGGCCGACGAGCCGGCGCUGUGCCUGCAGUGCGAUAUGAACGACUGCUACAGUCGCCUGCGGAGGCUCGUGCCCACCAUCCCGCCCAACAAGAAAGUCAGCAAAGUGGAGAUCCUGCAGCACGUUAUCGACUACAUCCUGGACCUGCAGCUGGCGCUGGAGACGCACCCGGCUCUGCUGAGGCAGCCGCCGCCGCCCGCGCCACCUCUCCACCCGGCCGGGACGUGUCCGGCCGCGCCGCCGCGGACCCCGCUCACAGCGCUCAACACUGACCCGGCCGGCGCGGUGAACAAGCAGGGCGACAGCAUUCUGUGCCGCUGAGCCGCUCUGUCCAGGUGUGCGGCCGCCUGCGCCCGAGCCAGGCGCUUGCAGAGGGAGGGGGAAGAGCAGAAGUUAGUGGAAAAGCCACCGAGAAAAGACAAACCGUCAGCCCGUCUAGAAACUCACGCGUCAUUCCAAGAGAGAGGGAGAGGAAGGAAAAACAAUAAAACUUUCAUCUUAUUUUUUGCACGUUCAUAAACAUUCUGCAUUGGUAUUCUCUUUUGUCUCUUCAUUUAUAACCGCUGUGAAUUGUACAUUUCUGUGUGUUUUGGAGGUGCAGUUAAACUUUGAAGCUUAAAGUUGCGACAGGACUGAUAAAUAGAAGAUACGAGUAAACCCGACAUUAGAAGCCUACUUUGUGACCAAGGAGCUCAGUUUUUGUUGUGAAGCUUUACUAAUAUACCAGAGCAUUGUAGAUAAUUUUUUUGCAUCUAUUGUUUAAAAUAGAUGAUUAUAACGGGCAAGGAACUUCCUUUUCCCUGCAAGAAUGUUACAUAUUGUAUAGAUAACCCAGUGACAUUUCAUACCUUGUAUAUAUAGAGAUGUUCUAUGAGUGUGAGAAAGUAUAUGCUUUAAUAGACUACUGUAAUUAUAAGAUAUUUUAAUUAAAUAUUUUUUGUAAAUAUUAUGUUGUGUGGUUUUUUUAAGCCUAUGGGACUGUUUCUUUUGGAAAAUAAUUUUUCAGCUAAGCUGCAGAGCUGUUGUACCUUGAAUGUCUUUUUCUGUUUGUUUGGCCUGGCUUUUAAUUCGUUUUUGUUUCACCCCAGUGUGGUAGACUCGCCAUUAACAGUUCUAGAUGAGGUCUUGCAUGGCUUGCAUGAGAUAUUUAAUCACAGAAUAAAUUCGUUCUGAGUCCAUUUUCCUAGAUUGAAGUCUUUGUGUUUGAAGCAUACAUGUGGGACAUACACAUUGUCAGGUGCUUUUUCUUUUGUAACCUAGGGUUUUCUAGUGGAAAAAUCUGAGUACGUGUUUGUGUUUUGUUUCUUCACUGAGGUCCGAAUGGAUUCUGGAUGAUUUUGCGUACAGGAUGGGGAAAUGCCUGGACCUCAUGGAGUUUACAAAAUCUGUCUGCAAAGUGAAAAAAAAAAUGCUAUCACUCUUCAUUUUACACUGAUGGCUUCCUGUCACAUGUUUCAUGUCUGUACAGAUCAUUUAACUCCUCGAAAUGGAAAGUGUUCUCCGCUUGCUACCAAAGGACAGACUCUUGGAAAUGAACACUUUUUUUUUUCACCUUCCUUCCUCCAAAGAAUAUUAAUAGGCAACGGUGGGAGAGAAAAGAUUAAAAAAAAAAAGGCAUAAUGGCAAAUCCUUUAAGCAGGGCUAAAAGUCGAUCUUCAAACGUUAAGUAGACCAAAAAUUCUGAUGACUGCAUCUAGAUUAUUUUUUUAUAAAAAACGAUUUUCACUAGAGUUAUGUUCGUUACUACUAAGCUGCUGUCCAAUGUCUUGUGAUGUGUAACUUUUACAUGUGAAUAUUAAAAGUAGAUGUAUCGGUCUUGUAUUGUGAUUUCUGGUCUCAUUUAUUUAAAACCUUGCAGUUUUUUUAAGACUUUUUAAGCGAAGGCGUUGUUUUCUCGAUUAGAUAGACCUAUCAGGGCUUUGCGAACAUUAUGCACUGAAUGUGUUGAGUACUGUAGCCACUAGUUAGAUGGAAUUUUUAGAGAGAAUUAAGUGGGAUUUAAUUGGGUGCUUUGUAAAUAGUCAGCUGUGUGUGUAACAUGGUCUAUUUGAUUUUUAAAAGGGAAGGAUUUGUUUCAGAUUAUACCAGAAUAAAGUGUUAUAGACCCCGGGGACUUUUUAUGAGGUCAAAAUUCAAAUAUUUAUGUGAAUAUGAGAUACCGUAGUCCCUGGUAGUUGAAGUGGCAGUGUCUCAACAGAACUGAACAAACAUAAUGCUAGAUUAAAGUCCAUGGAACGUAGCUCCAUCCCCAACAUGCUGUAAGCCCAGCUCGGCUAGGUCACUGUUCUUGGGUAUUUUUUAGAGCUUGACAUAUUUGAUAUUGAGAGCUACGAUGGCAAAGCGUGGCUUGCUUGUUUAGAUGAAGUUUAUUUGUAUUUUUAUUCAUUCAUGUCACACUUCAGAAAGAAAACACUAGAACACUGCUGGAAUUCCAAAUCUGAUUGCAUUCUUUGUUAUUACAAAGGGCCUGAUGCCUCCUUUUUAUUUGACAGUUUAAUUUCAGAGGGACGCGGGUCACAUGUACCCUGGCCUGCUCACCCCUACCUAUACCUUUGGACGGAGUUUAACACUUGCCCUGAUGGGCCAGGAACCGCAAACAAAUAGAUGAAGAGAAGUUU